GGUGGCUUGACUUUUCGACCUGACGUUUCUACGCAGUAGAGAAAGGUAUUUGCGACAAGCUAGCUACCUCGCCUUACCAAGAACCACCAAGGACCCUUGGAAAGAUUGCUUCAUUUCUGUAGACGAUAGCGUGGUUUCUCCGAGCUUUUCUGGUUUCGUUACGUUCUUGCCUCUACCAUUGCAUUAUCUCGAACAGGGCUCGCUCCCACAGCCAUGGCCUCCGAAUCGCGGCUCUACACCUUCUCUCAGGAGACAAAGGACCACCUGCGCAAGUUCCGUCUCGGAACAUCGCGGUCCAACGAUGCUCAAGCUGUCAUAUACUACAUCGAUAAGAACACGCACGAGAUCAAGCAAGACGAGGACAAGGCCGUGUACAAGUCUCUCGAGGAGAUUCGCGACGAACUCCCGGACCACAGCCCGCGCUUCAUCCUGCUGAGCUACCCGCUUACACUGCCCUCCGGCCGCCUGUCGGUCCCGUACGUCCUGAUCUACUACCUCCCCAUUACCUGCAAUAACGAGAUAAAAAUGCUCUACGCCGGCGCCAAGGAGCUGAUGCGAAAUACGAGCGAGGUCGGUCGCGUGAUUGAUAUCCAGGAGGCUGAAGACCUGGAGGAGAUACCGCAGCAGUUGGGCGCUGAGUAAAGAAGAGGAGGCAUGAACUUGGAAAAAAAAAAAGGAGAUGACAUGAGGCAUGAACAUUUGCAAGGCGGGGAGUACACUUCUACAUAGACAGUUGAAGGGGGGGACCACAGGCUUGGCCCCGUUCAUGAUGAAGAACAUGGCGGCAGUAUGCAGCAUUUCGCGUACAUAAUACAAGUGCUUUGCCGAUACAGCUUAUUCGUGAAAUUUUGAUGGAUAUCUUUCUUGUUUUAUCUCCGUCGUUGAACAUGCGUUUAAAUCAUGACCAGGCAGUCGGUACCUUGCCCUCGUCUCCCAUUCAGUCCUCCGGCAACACGUCCUUGUCAUUCAACCCCAUCUCCUUGCUCACAUUCCUCACCACCU